AUGGGCGAAAAGGGAAAACGCUCACACUCAUACAGGGAUGAUGACCGAAAGAAUCAGAAGAGGAGAACUGAUAACAGGGAAAGAGAAAGGGACCGAGAUGAAAAGGGCAACGAUGAGCUAAUUGUAUACAGAAUCCUUUGUCCCGAUACAGUUAUCGGCAGCGUAAUUGGUAAAAACGGGAAGGUAAUAAAUACAAUUCGACAAGACUCGAGGGCAAAGGUGAAAGUGGUGGACCCAUUUCCAGGUGCUAAAGAUCGAGUAAUUUUAAUUUAUUGCUACGUGAAGGAAAAGCUCGAUUUGGAGGUAGACGAUGAAUUCAAUGAUAGCAAGCCUCUUUGUCCGGCGCAAGAUGCACUGCUCAAGGUACAAGCGGCGAUUGUCAAUGCUGUUUCUGUGCCUGGAGAUUCGGACAGGAGGAGGAGAGAGAAUGAUAGAGAGAGAGAGGAAUGCCAGCUUCUUGUUCCGUCUAGCCAGUCGGCUAAUCUUAUCGGCAAAUCUGGUGUGACCAUUAAGAAGCUGAGGAACAAGACACGGGCGAAUAUCAAGGUUACCCCUAAGGAUGCUGGUGAUCCGGCUCAUUCAUGUGCCUUGGAGUUCGACAAUUUUAUUUUGAUAUCUGGCGAGUCCGAAUCGGUGAGGAAAGCACUUUUUGCCGUUUCUGCAAUAAUGUACAAGUUUGCACCCAAGGAAAAAAUCCCUCUCGAUACUUCGAUUCCCGAGGCGGCUCCACCUGGCAUCAUUAUCCCAUCAGAUGUUCCUUUAUAUCCCGGUACUGGAUUCUACCCGAGUGUGGAUCCUAUCAACCCUUCUAGAUCAUUGUCUUCCAUUUUAGGCCAUUCACUCGCACCAGAUAUAACGGGAUAUGCUGAUACUGGGAGCACUUGGCCACAAGUGUAUUCAUCUGCUCUUCCAGUGGUGUCGAAUUAUGGUGGUAGGUCUCAAUCUGAAGAGUUGACUGUGAAAGUGUUGUGCCCAUCGAACAAGAUUGGUCGUGUUAUUGGCAAAGGAGGGGCUUCGAUUAAAAAUAUAAGGCAAGAAAGUGGUGCUAGAGUUGAAGUGGAUGAUCCUAAGUCCAAUCAGAAGGAGUGUUUGGUAAAUGUGAUAUCCAUGGAGGUCUUAUCAGUUUACUCUGUUAGAAGCGUGAAUUCUAGCUUUUAG